UUUCAAACUUGCAUCGAUGGGAAUCGAUCGUUUGUCUUCCACACAUAUGGAAUAUUUCGUUUCAUAAACGGAUGUGAUAAGCUAUCGUGUGUCGUUAGCUCUGUGCUUUAUUCACUGUUUGCAUUAAUAGUCGACAAUACAUGUAGUUGCAACGAUGAACGGGUAUAGAAUUGUUUUGUUGUUGUCUGUGCUACCUGUGCUUUGUGUGUCUUUGAGUGAGGAUGAUUUAGGUGUUUGUAAACGGAGACGCCAAGGUCGAAUUAAAUUAAUAUGUUGCGAUGACUGGUUGUAUGACAAAAACACAAAAACUUGUAAGCCAAAAUGUAUGAACAAUUGCGCUGGUGGUGAAUGUGUCGAACCUUAUAAAUGUGUGUGCAAACCGCCCAGGGUAUUAACCGACAAAGGUACUUGUGAGAUACCACAAUGUGACUUUGCAUGCAUCAACGGAGAAUGUACAUCUCAUAAUACAUGCACGUGCAAAAAGGGUUACUCCAAAGUCAACGAAUCAACUUGUGCAGUGGAUUGCCCGCAACCCUGCAUAAAUGGAACCUGUGUGGAACCCGGUGUUUGCAGUUGCUUGCAAGGAUAUAGGCUAAUUAAUGAGUUUGAAUGCGAACCAAUAUGCGAUGAAUGCGAAAAUGGUGAAUGCGUUGCUCCAAAUGAUUGUUAUUGCAAUGAGGGGUAUACAAAGAAAGAUGGUAAAUGUGUCCCUCGGUGCGAUAGUGACUGUGUUAAUGGACAUUGUUCCGGACCAAAUACGUGUACAUGUAAUUCGAAUUAUAAAAUCGACCCAUUGGAUAGAUUUGUUUGUCGACCGACUUGCGAUCCACCGUGUGUUAAUGCUUCUUGUGUAGCUCCGAAUACGUGUUCCUGUAUGACAGGGUAUGAGGCACUCAAUGAUACGGUCUGUAAACCAAAAUGUAAUGGUUGUUUCAAUGGUGACUGUGUUGGACCUAACGAAUGCCGAUGCCAUAAAGGCUAUGCCAUGAAAAGCGGUGUAUGUAAGCCUAUUUGUUCAAAUAUAUGUAUUAAUGGAAUAUGCACAGCGCCAGAAACAUGUUCAUGUCUUCCUGGUUACAAAAAUAAUCCAGUGGACAAAUUUACUUGUCUUCCAGUAUGUAAGCAAACAUGUGUUAACGCUUCUUGUACUGGACCAAAUUUGUGCAGAUGCAAGCCAGGAUAUGAACCAGUCAAUACAUCAGUUUGCAAGCCAAAGUGUAUUCAAUGCUCAAACGGUGAUUGCGUAGAACCUAACAAAUGUAUUUGCCAUGAAGGUUAUAGUCUGAUUGGAGGUAAAUGUAAGCCUGUGUGUAAAAAGGAAUGUAUUAACGGAUUUUGCUCGGAGCCAGACACAUGUACGUGUAACUACGACUUUGAACUAAGCGAAACAGAUAAAUAUAAAUGUCAACCAGUUUGCUCUCCUAAGUGUAUCAAUGCAACAUGUAAAAGCGCGAACGUUUGCGAGUGUCUAGACGGGUACGAAAAAGCAAAUAAUAAUUUCACUUGCAAACCUAAAUGCUUAGACUGUGAAAAUGGUAAAUGUGUAGAAUCUGGAGUAUGUUUUUGUAAUGAACGGUACAAGAUGGAAGACGGUAGAUGUAAGCCGAUUUGUUCUAAAACAUGUAAAAAUGGAUAUUGCAAGUCACCAAAUCAAUGUGCCUGUUUAGAUGGUUACGUCAAAAGCGCUAAUGAUUCGUCAGCCUGUAUUAAGACCUGUGCUAGUUCAUGUGACAAUGGAACUUGCGACAGUGCAGACAAUUGUAUUUGCAAUCCUAAUUUUGAACUUGUAGAUGGUCAAUGCGUACCAAUUACUGUUGUAAACUGCAAUGACUGUGAAAGUAAUUGCAGUAACGGCGAUUGUCAGUGUGCUGAUGGCCGUGCCUGCUUCUAUGAUAGUGAAACAGCUAAAGUCGCAUCACCAACAGGAUUAGCUGGUCUGCAGUUAACGUGGUUGUUGGGAGGAUGCAUCGGUUUGCUGCUCUUGGCGUUGGUCAUUGUUGUGAUUGGAAAAAUGUGGCGGAAACAGCAGCAAUACACCAGCAAAACAACUGAAACUGGCAAUGCUUUUGGAAGUGUAGUUUACACAGUGCCCAAUACUCUAACGAAUCGAAGCUAUCCCACUGACGAGUUCAAUGAUCAAAUCGAUGAUGAAGAAGGUGAUGAAAAUGGCGACGAACGUGGCGAAGCGACACAAGCGGCCGAACAGCUCCUAGCGAGCAGAAUAGUAUUCGAACAAGACAAAUCUUAGCUUAAUAUCAAAACUUAGGACAUUAUACAGCAAAAUUGUGUGAUUUGUAGUUAUUGUCUAGUAUUAUUGUAUAUUUAUAGAAAGUGGUAGUGUUGCUUUGAAAAUUAUAUCAAGUAUUGUAGCCAAGACGACAACCCAACGAAACUGUUUAUUUAUUAAAUAACUAUAUAAAUAA